AAAUAAAUAGUUCAAUUUUAUAUUUCAGAUGCCACACUUAAUGAUUUCAUACGUAAAUAGUUAGCAGUACUAAAUUUGGAUACCCGCUGGAAAAAUGUGGAAGAAACUUCGUAUACUCUCAAUAACGAUGUUUAAGACACUAACUGUACUCUUUAUCGUCUGCUGUCUGGCAAACCUUUCUUCCAAUUCUAGUCAGCAACCAACACUUGUGACAUCAGAGAACAAGGAGCCUUAUACAAGAGUGUUCACCGUUUCUCAUAUGGUGUCACCAAAAAUUACGGAUUCAGUAGUUAAAAACAAUAAAACAACAGUUGUUUUUAAAAACAAUACUUUAAAAUUUAUAGUUGAAAACAAUACUACAAGAGUUUUUGAUUUAGUUAAAAACAAAACUACAAAAUUUCAAGUUAUAAACAUUACUACUACACAUUUUUUGUUAAAAAAUAUAACUACAAAAAUUCAAGUUAAAUACAAUACUGUAAAAGUUCCAGUUAAAACCAAAACAACAAAAGUUCCAGUUAAAUACAAUACUGUAAAAAUUCCAGUUAAAAUCAAAACAACAAAAGUUCCAGUUAAAACCAAAGCAACAAAAGUUCCAGUUAAAACCAAAACAACAAAAGUUCCAGUUAAACACAAUACUGUAAAGAGUACUCAAAUUUACGAGUAUUCAUUUCCAUACCUUCAUGUUCCUGUUCAAGUGUGUAAAUCAAAUGGUGCUAAAUUUGAUCCUUUCUUGUUAUUUGUGGUAAAAUCUGAUGUUAACCAUAUCGCCCAUCGAAUAGCUAUACGAAAUACUUGGGGAAAUACGUCUAACCAAGGAAUAAAACUGGCUUUUCUCCUUGGGUAUUCACCGUUGAUGAAAGAAUUUAUACAAAUGGAAAGUGACACAUAUAAUGACAUUAUUCAACAGAACUUUCUAGACGAUUACCACAAUAGUACAUUAAAAACAAUAAUGGGUUUUACAUGGGUUGCUACCCAUUGCAGUGGUGCAAAGUAUAUCUUUUUUGUAGAUGAUGACUAUAUUGUGAAUACCAAAUACAUUUGGGAUCAUUUGCAUAAAUUGUUUAUUGCUGGAAAGCGCAGUGUGUACUUGGGAUAUGUCUGGAAAGGUGCCAAACCUCAUAGGAAUGCUAAUUCUAAAUGGUUUAUUUCAAAAGUUGACUUUAAGGAUGAUAUUUUGCCACCAUACGCCGGUGGUGGCUCGUUGGUAUUGACCGUUGAUAUAAUAAAUAAACUGUUGAGUCAGUUCAAAUUUAUGUAGCAAAUAUUUAUAGAUGACUUAUACCUGGGUAUUGCAUGUAAAAAGUUACACAUUACUCUAAUCCAUGAACCAAGAUUUAGUGUACGUUAUCAACCAGACAAAAUGAACCAUUUAUUUUCAUCCCAUGGAUUCAGAUCUCCAAUGAAAUUAGUUGAAGACUGGAAAAAGUUCUAUAUUAAAUAUGAUAUGGUACUAUAGUGUCUACUAUUUGUUUAGAUGCCGACUUUAAUAAAUUGUAAUGUAAAAUCUUUGAACAUGAUAGUAAUGUUUUAUUCUAUAUAUUUAUUUUGUUGAUAAAGUCAGUAUCAAAAACCAA